AUGGAAAGUGCCCUAGUUACAAUAGGCGGUAAUCCUGUAGGGCGAAGGAGGGUUGAGAUCCCGCAUUUUGGGUUGGCAUUGAUGACUUUAGAGCAACAAAUUGAUUGCAAAUUCCAAUGUUUAGAAGGGCAUUUUAAAGAGAUCGUGGAUCGACUAGAUGCUUUAGGCAUAGAUGCCAACAGGAACCGUAAUGAUGACAAGCAAUAUACCGAAGAAGAUGCCUCUUGUGGAUAG